AUGGCUGAGCUACUCCGUGCGAUUUCAGAGGAGGCACCGCUUGCGGGGUGCAUAGUCCUCACGGCCGCACUGUCCAACCGAACGUUUGCACAGCUCGAGGAGGCGGACUUCGCAAGCGUGUACAAGUCGAAGAUUGGUGUGGUUGACACGCUCCGUGAGUGCGUCGAUGUCGGGGCAUUGGAGUUCCUCGUCCCAUUCUCAUCCGUGGCGGGCCUCUUUGGGAAUGGAGGGCAGACGAACUACUGCGCAGCCAACACGCCGGUAGAGGAGCAGGUCUCCGCGUGUCCGGACACAUUCGCCUUCGUCUGUCCGGGAAUCAUCGACUCCACGAUGAUGCGCUCGAGCGAACUGGGUGAGUCAGGCAAAGUCGCACAGCUUGAGCAGUUCGCCCAGUGGGGCAUCACGGCGGAA